CUGAUGGCGCUAUCAAUUUGUUGUUUCCUUGUCUGUGGCUUUCGAGUGUCGUCGUCAUCCAAACCCGGGGUAGAGUCUACAUUUCAGGAAAAUUUAGGUCGUGAAAAUUAUUUUUAGAAUGGGAGGAGAUGGAGGAAGCAUUCCUGGCCGUCAGGAUCUUGUCAGGACAAAGAGAAGACCUGAAAAGGCUGAUCAGAACAUGGAGAGGGUCGCAAGAUGGCAUCAUUGUGCCCUUACACAAGAAAAGCUGAGGCAACCAAUUGUGGCUUGUGAGCUAGGAAGGUUAUACAACAAGGAGGCGGUACUUGAAUUUUUGCUUGACAAAUCGAAUUCCGAGUCGGCGCAACAUUUGAAGAGUCUGAAGGACGUGAAGCAGCUGAACUUGACCGACAAUCCUGCUUACAAAGGUCAUAAAGGAGAUAAAGGCGAUGGUUACGUAGACCGACAAACUGCUCCUUAUAUCUGCCCUGUUACUGGUUUGGAGAUGAAUGGAAAGUAUAGGUUUUGUUUUCUCUGGCGCUGUGGAUGUGUAGUUUCAGAAAAAGCGUUCAAAGAGGUCAAAUCAACCGUGUGUCACAAGUGCGGCAAAGAUUUCUCCGUUGAAGAUGGAAUACUCAUCAAUGGUUCUGAUGAAGAUGUUAAAAUCCUGACGGAACAGAUGAACAAAAGGAGAGCAUUGGCCAAAGAAUUAAAGAAAGCAAAGAAGGCCCAGAAGAGGAAAGUGGAUGAUGACAGACCCCCAGACGAAACAAAAAGCGAAACCGGCGCAAAGAGUGGUACCAGCAGCGAUAAACUCUCUAUCCAGACUGGCAACCUCAAGAAAUUCAUUCCUGGUAAAACCGAAGGCGUCACGUCUGGGGCAACAAACAAAAAGCCUGAGGAUGUCCCUGGAAGGUCACACAAGAAGGAUCUAGACCCAUCCACCACAAGGCCAGAAUAUGACUCAAAGAAGACCAAGGUGUACAAGUCCCUCUUCCUACCCAAGAAUAAAGAUGAAGGAGAGAAGUCGCCGUGGGUCACCUACAACCCAUACUAUGCUAUGAGGAACUGAACAUCCUUUUUGAUUACCUACAUGUACAAUAUGAACUGUGUCAUGCAGAUCGGUAUAGGUGCCCUUUGGGUGAAGAAUAGGGUGAUUUUAGUCUAAGGAGACCAAGGCGUACAAGUCCCUCUUCCUACCUAAGAAGAAAGAUGACCGAGAGAAAUCCCCUUUGGUGACCUACAGUCCUUAUUAUGCUAGGAGGAACUGAACUGUACUUCUGCACAUAUUUAUCCUUUUGGGUUACCUCUAAUAUUUACUGUGCAAUGUGGAACUUGAGAGUGUCCUGUAUCGUCAAGCAGAGUUUAUUUUAGACAUGGGCGAUGAAGCUAUCUGAGUCCCUUUUCCUAUCCAAGAAUAAAGAUGCGGGAGAGAAGCCGCCUUUGAUGACAUAGAUUCAAAGGUGUAGCAUUGUUUUGGAUGAGCGGAUAAACCCCAAUACCAUGAACCACAGGGUCCGGGGUUUGAAUCCUACCGCAGCACUUAUGUCCUUUGGCAAGGUAUUUAUCUACAUUUGCCACUCUCAAUCCAGGUAUUAAAUGGGUACCUGGUAUGAAGGAAUUCCUUGAAUGCUUGAGCGCCCGAUCAGGGUAGCCGUGCUAAAGCCAGUAUAACAUAGUCAUAUUAAGCAGGACUAUCUUGUGUCAAAGAGUAAAGAUGAAAAACUUGCCUAUAUUUUUUUUAUUAAAGGUGAAUUACAUGUACAAAGGUCACUUUGUGUCAUGUAUACUGUCUCGAGGUGGUGCUGCACCAGCCCGAGUUUGCUCAAUCUCAAGAUUUUAGCCCGAUCUGGCCUCUUCGCGAUUAAUCUCGAGAUUCAAGAAACUCCAUCUCCACCAGCGCAAGAAGAGCAAUUCAUGCUCGAGCAAGGCAUCGCAUUAUGGUCCGACGCUGUGAAUAAAUAAUCUUGAGUGCAUCUGCACCUGCGAUUUAGCGGGAUGAAUCGUAAAUAGCACGCUACUUACAAAUAACCUUAAGUUGACUAAGGAUUGCAAUGUCGAGAUCAAUCCAGCUAACUAUCGUGAUGAUUGUGUCUCCAGUACAAAUAAUCUAGAGAUUUUUCAGAUCGGGAUAAUUGGCCGGAUCAGAAAUAGCACGAUUAUCUGAAAACUCGGGCUGAUGCAGACGGCCCUAUAUUCUCCCUCUUUCUUAAUCCCCCUCUCUUUCCCAUCUCUCUAUGUGUCUCUGUCUCUCUCUUUUUUUAUGCUUCUGCCCACCAUAGGCAUUUGUUUUGGGGUUGUCCAGUUUUUUAACUUGAAAUAACUCAAGAACUAAUAAACACUGUUCUCACUAUAUUUUGUAAAACUAGAUUAUUGGAAACUAGUUUAGGAAACAAGUUUGGAAGGAUGCUUUGUUAUCGUUAUCAUCUGAUCACCCAAAAGUGUUUUUUGAAACCAUGUAAAGUGGUCUUUUCGCUUCGGGAAUGCUCUAAAGUAGGGUGACAUGUUGUACACGAAAUUUGAGAACGGCACCAGAGACAUUCUACACAUUAUGUGGAGUAGCGUGCUCAAAACAUGGGAAGAUUUCUUCCUGAAGAGCGGUUGUGUCCUCACUUUUGCUACAAUCAGUUUAACGAGGCAAAGAGAUCUUGAAAACUCGCGAGGUGGUUUUCAGAACAGGUUUGGAAGACGCUUCCAAGACCGUUUUCGACAAUUCUCUUUCCACUAAACUAGUUUCCAUUAUUCUACAUUUAGCUUUAGGAUGGUAAUAAGAGUGGGUUCUUCAACAGAUGUAUGUAGACCCAGUUUGAGUUUGAUUUGAAUUUAUCAUAACUCUUUGUUAGAUGGAAUCCUAAAUGGCCCUGUCUUACAAAUCAAAUCCAAUUUUGGAUUGAUUUCAAAUUAUGUAACUAGGAAUUGUGAUUAAUCUAAAAGUGCAUCUGUUCACCAGAAGGUACUAGGCUCGAAGACAGACAUUUUCCUCUAUUUUAAUGUGCUGUUUCUUUUUACUUAUCUUUACUUUUAGUUUUUGCUGUCUUCUAAGCGCCUUUAGCAUCUAAUCAAAAUGGAAAAGAUACUUUAUAAAUUCUAUGUAUUAUUACUAUUAUCUCAUAAUUUCAGUUUGAUUUGGAUCUUUUCACAACUCCGUGAAAGACAGGGGCCUUGAUAAACAAUUUUGAUCCAAGUACAUGACUUGUAUAUGUGGUUAUGAUAUGAAUAAUUUUUUGUUUCCAAAUGUUUUAUGGAAAAUGUACAUUAUGAAAAUAGAAUAUCCAAUUACUAUUUGAAGGUUAACCUUAUAUUAUAAUCCCAGGUUUAUCGUAAUUACUGAAAAAAUAUGAAAUAUUGAAACAAAAUAAUUAUAUUGUGGUUGGCCUGGUAUCUUCAUGUAUAUAAAAGUGACUUUUCCUUUGA